GGACCGGGGGCUCCCAGGCUCCCCCUCCCCGCUCGGGCAUAGUGGUCCCGUCCGGAAGUCCGGGCGCAGACCGAGGCUGCGCCCCUCGCGGAAGGGCAGGCGUCGCGGGCUGGCCACUUCCGCACUUCCGCUUUCCGGCCCAGCCAGCGCCCGCGAUGACUGCCACUCUCCGCCCCUACCUGAGUGCCGUGCGGGCCACACUGCAGGCUGCCCUCUGCCUGGAGAAUUUCUCCUCCCAGGUCGUGGAACGACACAACAAGCCAGAAGUGGAAGUCAGGAGUAGCAAAGAGCUCCUGUUACAACCUGUGACCAUCAGCAGGAAUGAGAAGGAAAAAGUUUUGAUUGAGGGCUCCAUCAACUCUGUCCGGGUCAGCAUUGCUGUGAAACAGGCUGAUGAGAUCGAGAAGAUUUUAUGCCACAAGUUCAUGCGCUUCAUGAUGAUGCGAGCAGAGAACUUCUUUAUCCUUCGAAGGAAACCAGUGGAGGGAUAUGACAUCAGUUUUCUGAUCACCAACUUCCACACAGAGCAGAUGUACAAACACAAGUUGGUGGACUUUGUAAUCCACUUUAUGGAGGAGAUUGACAAGGAAAUCAGUGAGAUGAAGUUGUCGGUCAAUGCUCGUGCCCGCAUCGUGGCUGAGGAGUUCCUCAAGAAUUUUUAAAUCAUCUGGCUGGACCUCAAGGCCUUCCCCUCCAGACUCCCCUGUGUCUCUGCAAAGACAUCCUGGAGUUAUUCCCCAGAGUGGCAGCAACGAUGACAGCAGCAGCAGAGGCGGGGAGCUGGGUUGGGGUGGGUGUUAGAUAUGGGAGGUGGGUGGUAUGCUUGCUAGCUGGGCAACAGAGCAGCAGUGAACCUGCCCCAAGGCCACACGUGCCUGGUCAGGCUGGCUUCUGAUGUUCAGUCCCCUGGGCUGGGACAGAUUUUUUUUAACGUCUUGAAACUUAAAUUCUGUGCUUGUAGGAGACUGUAACCUUUUUGUCUUUUUUUUUUUUUUUUUUACACGAAACAACUUCCACCUCCAGUGGCUGUGACUGGUCCCAGUGAUUGUACCAUAUUGGUCGCUGUGGGUCUGGGCGGGCCUGGAGCCAGAAGGCGACUAUUGUGUCACCCCCACCCCCACCCCCAAACCCCAAGUCUGGGGAGAGGGAGGGAAGGAGGAAGGUUUCAGACUCCAGUUCUUUCCCUUGCCCUCUUACUCCUGAGCCUCCUGGGCCCAGUAGAAGUUGUUGGGACUCUCUGCCAGCUUCCUGAGCUCUUCCUGAAGAUGGCCAUCCAGCACUGGUUGGGGACAAGGGCUGAACUGAUGGCCACCAGCCAUGCCUAGGAGCUGGGCCCUGAAAGCCAGGCACCUCUGGCCGCAGGGGCCACUUUGUGCCCUCCCAGCUGAAAGGGGCCACUAUUUUCGCCUUGUCUGUCAGUGCAGUGCCUGUGCAAGAAGUGGAGGGGUGAGUCCUCCGGAGUUUCCUGAGCUGGGGUUCUUCACCUGCUCUGGCUCCUCUGCUCCAACGCUCGCUGUACCUUUUCUUAUUUUGGUGGAUCCUGCCUCCUCCCUUGAUUAAAGUCUCUUUUUGCCCCUUUGGGGCUGCAUGA